AACCUAUUCUAUAAAGUAAUCGAGUACUCCACAAACAGAUUUGCGAACAUGGCGAUGCACGUUCCUAAAGCUCCGGGCUUUGCCCAAAUGUUAAAAGAAGGGGCAAAGCAUUAUUCUGGUUUAGAAGAAGCUGUAUAUAGGAACAUUGAAGCAUGUAAGGAAUUGGCGAAGACCACCCGGUCAGCUUUUGGACCGCAUGGUCAGAACAAGAUGGUUAUUAACCAUCUAGAGAAACUGUUUGUAACAAACGAUGCUGCAACCAUCCUAAAUGAAUUAGAGGUACAGCACCCAGCUGCAAAGAUGCUGGUUCUUGCAACACAGCAACAGGAACAGGAAGUAGGAGAUGGAACCAACUUUGUCCUUGUGUUUGCUGGUUCCCUUCUUGAACAUGCUGAAAUGUUGCUCAGAAUGGGCUUGUCAGUUACAGAGGUCACAGAGGGUUACGAAUUUGCUUCAAAGAAAGCCCUGGAAAUUCUGCCAGAUUUGAUUUGUGAACAACAGAAAGACCUCCGUGACAGAACACAAGUUGCUCGAGCCAUUAAAACUUCAUUGAUGAGCAAACAAUAUGGACAUGAAGAUUUUCUAUCCAAAUUAGUAGCCGAUGCAUGUGUUUCAAUUAUGUCAGACAAAGUUACAUUUAAUGUUGACAAUAUUCGGGUCAGUAAAAUUCUGGGUUCAGGUGUACUGCAGUCUUCACUCAUACAAGGAAUGGUGUUCAGACGAGCUGUAGAAGGGGAGGUAACCAAGGCCAGCAAAUGUAAAAUAGCUGUAUACUCGUGUCCAUUAGAUAUCAUGCAAACAGAAACCAAGGGUACAGUUUUAAUAAAGAAUGCAGAUGAACUUGUAAACUUCAGCCAAGGAGAGGAAAAUCUAGUAGAACAACAAAUUAAAGCAAUAGCAGAUACAGGUUGUACUGUGAUAGUUGCUGGAGGUAAAGUUGGAGAGAUGGCGACACAUUUCUGUAAUAAAUACAAAAUCCUCAUCCUUAGACUUAUGUCUAAAUGGGACCUGAGAAGGUUGUGUAAGGCUGUAUCUGCUACACCACUUCCAAGAGUGACACCACCAACCCCAGAGGAGUCUGGUUACUGUGAUAAUGUAUAUGUAGAUGAAGUUGGUGAUACUCCAGUUAUUGUCUUUAGACAAGGUCAGUAUCAUUAAACAAUCAAAGAAAGAGAGUGCCUUACGCUAUUAUUGCAUCCGUGGAUCACAAUAAUAUCAGAUGACAUGGAGAGAGCCAUAUGACGGUGUUACACCAUACAGCCCUUAUCCAUGAGUAGGAUGUAUCAUGUAUGGUCCGGAGCUGGAGCUUGUGAGAUUGAGCUAGCCAAGCAAAUCACAACCCUAGGAGAAAGUACACCAGGUCUUGAGCAGUAUGCCAUCAAGAAAUUCGCAGAAGCACUAGAAGUUGUUCCAAGAACAAUUGCUGAAAAUGCUGGAGUAAAGGCAACUGAAGUAUUAUCACUGUUAUAUGCUGCCCAUCAGGAAGGCAAGAAAAAUGUUGGUGUUGAUAUUGAGUCUCAAGGUGCAGGUGUAAUAGACAGCGCAGAGAAGGCAUUGUUUGACCUUUACCUCGCCAAAUACUGGGGGAUCAGAUUCGCUACUGCUGCUGCAUGUACUGUUCUAUAA